AUGGCCGCAAAUGCGAUGUCCCGUCGGGAUGAAGACGAGGUCUGCCCCGUCUGCAAGUCCUCGCGAUACCUCAACCCGGACAUGCGGUUCUUGAUCAACCCGGAAUGCUACCACAAGAUGUGCGAAUCCUGCGUGGACCGAAUCUUCUCAUCUGGCCCAGCCAACUGCCCAGUAGCUGGAUGUCGAAAGACGCUACGCAAGAACCGUUUCCGCACUCAAACCUUCGAAGACAUCAAUGUGGAACGCGAAGUAGAUAUCCGUCGGCGCGUAAUGCAGAUCCUAAACCGCCGCGAAGAAGAAUUCGACACAAAACGAAACUACGACGACUUCCUCGAACAAAGAGAAGAGAUAAUCGCAAACCUAGUAGGCCGAAUCGACGUCUCCAAGACCGAAGCACAGCUCCAGAAAUACGCAUCAGAGAACAUGGCAUCUAUCCGCGCAAACCAAACCCUGGAACAAGAAGAGGCCACAUCCUUCCAAGCCCGCAUAUCUCUCGAACAAGAACAAGCCCGAAUUCGCAGACAGGCCGCACGCCAAGAAUACGAGAUCGAGCGCCGCGAAGUCCAAGCCGGCCGCGAAGACUUCCUCACUCGACUGGCCUCCGGCACAUCUGGAGACGCAGCAGCUAUCGCGCGCGAAGGCCACAAGGUCUUGUUGAAAAAGUCCUCUGCACGCCGCAGUGAGGAAGACCGAAUCCGGCAGAAACAGGCUGCUUUGCGCUCCGAACCUGCGCGUGGAGCGGGAGUGUCUUCUGCUGCGGAUACGGGACUUGUUAAGGGUUUGCGGAAGAUCAAGACUCCCGAGCCGGAGAAGCCCUACGAUCCGUUUAUGGGGUAUGUGCCCGAGAAGAGGGAUUACUACUCUCUUCAAGAGUCAUAUCCUUCGCAGUUCCUUGAUAAUUACCGCAAUAACAUCAGUGUGCUGGCUGGUGGGUAUGAUCUGCGGGAAUACUACUCGCGGACGUUGCUGGAGGCCUUCGCGGGCUUGAGCUGCUUUGUUGAUGAGGAGAUCACGCAGCGUGAUGCUGCUCGAGCGUCGAAGCCGGUGGCUACCGAAGGUGCUGCUAUUGCUGCGUGUCAAAGUGGUACUGAGGGUUCCACUUGA